AUGUUUCCAUUGAUUCUACUCUCUGGUUUUAUCACCUUCGCCUCGAGUGUCCCUCAUCAUUAUGUCUUUGUGAAUGAAUCCAUGACUUGGGCAGAAGCUCAGAGAUACUGUAGAGAGAAAUACACUGAUCUGGCCACUAUUGAAAAUGAACAACAGACAGUCCAGUUAAUGGACAAAGUGAAUGAUGAUUCCAUUGAUUUGGCCUGGAUUGGACUCUAUGAUGAUCUGAACAGUUGGAAAUGGACUCUAGAGGACAGUGAUUUCUUCAAGGUUGGAGAGAAAAACUUCAGGAACUGGUAUGACCAAGGACCAGGCAAUUCUGGAGGACAAAGUCUGUGUGUGUAUAUGAAUAAUGGGAUAUGGUAUGCAGCAAGCUGCUCCAAUUCAUUUUAUCUUAUGGUCUGCUAUGAUGGAAGACAGAAUGCCAGUGCUAGUUAUGUGUUUGUCUACCAGUACCAAACCUGGACUGAAGCUCAGAGUUACUGCAGAGAACAUCACACAGACCUCGUCAGUAUCAGGAAUGAGACUGAACACCAGAAGAUCCAGGAUUUAUUAAAGAAUAACUAUCACUAUUAUUAUGUGUGGAUUGGACUGUACAGAACCAGAUCUUGGUCAGAUCAGAGCAACUCUUCAUUCAGUAACUGGAGGGCAGGACAGCCUGAUAAUGCUGGAAACAGUGAAUACUGCACUGCAGUGUCAUUUAGUGAAUCUGGGAACUGGACAGAUGAAAACUGCAACACUGCAUUACCUUUCAUUUGUUACAGUGGUGAGUAG